AUGGUUUGGCAAGAAAACGUUGAAUUAAUUAUAAUGCUAUGUCGCACUCUCGAAGAAAAUCGUAACAAGUGCGCCCAAUAUUGGCCAUUAAACCAAGGCCAAGUGCUUACAUUUUGUGGUAUUACAAUUCAAGCUGUUGAAAAGCGAUCAACCGAUCCAGAUGUACACUGUACAGCAUUACUGCUAACAUAUCGUGGUACACGACGUCCUCUUGCUCAUUAUCAGUGGGUAUCGUGGCCUGAUAGAUUUGUCCCAAACCAAUUAACAGUGCCAUAUACAUUACUUAGCUCAGCUCGUGCUAGAAAAACACCAACUGUUAUACACUGCUCAGCUGGAAUUGGACGGACGGGUACAUUAGUGGUACUUGAAUUACUUUCCAGAACACUAUUAUCAUGUCGUGUACCAGUAGUUACGGAUAUUAUUUGGUCAGUUAGAUCACAACGUUCUCGUGCAGUUCAAAAUGAAGAACAAUAUUUGUAUAUACAUUAUCUUACAAUACAGCGAUUUGUUAAUAAAGGUAUCGUAUCCGAUAAAGCUGUUUCAAAAUUUUGUCGCGAUUAUGAGCAGUUUUAUUUUACACGUACACGUCGGAUGCAAAUUCCGUUACCGAUCUAUGAAAAAAAGAAAAAAUUGUUACCAAAAAAACCAGUAACAACAGAAUUGGCAACAUCGCUAUCAUCAUCAUCAGCAUCAACAAUAACAACGUCAGGAAAAGCAUCACCAUCAACCGGAGCAUCAAAAAGUCAGGAUCUUAGUCCUGCAUCGACGACAGAUGCUGAUUCUCGGCUUUCUCAACAAAUAAAAAAAAAGAAAGGAUCAGCGAAAAAAGAAAAAGAGAAAUCAACACAGCAGGCAAAAAUAUCCCGAUCGCAGGUUAAUCUUCAACAACAAUAUCAUGAAGCGCAAAAAACAUUAUUGGAAACAUAUCGUAAAGAACAACCAAUUGUAGCGAAACCAUCAUCGCGUAAGCAACAACGAAAAAUAAAGGAGGAAAAAUUAGAAGCGGUAGAAGUGAAUGUGCCAAAGGAUGAUCAAGCAUUAGAUGUUGAAGUUACAAACGGUAAUGCAAAGAAAGUUGCAGAAGGAAGAAAAGUUACAGAAACUGAAGGAACAAAACCAGAAAGUGAAGAAACUGCUUCUCAAUCAGUGUAUGCUUUCCUCAGUGAUGAGGUUCGGAAAAUUAAAAUUAUGGAAGAAAAUUCAAUACCAAAAGAUGAUGUUGAUCCAGCUGAAUAUGUCUUCAUGCAACCUAUUUAUGCACGUACAUACGGAGCACUUGAAACGGAAAAUCGAGAUGUAGUAGAGAAAUAUGCGAUGAAUAUGCUUCCCGAAGAGUAUUUUGAUAGAGCAAUAGAUGGUGCAGAAUAUGUUUCAAAUAUGCCAGCGAACACCAAUAAAGAAAAUAGUCCCGAAAAGUCUAAAACAAGGGUUUACUAUACUUCAUUUUAA